AUGGGUCCUGAGAUUCCAAAUUCCAUGGAUGUGUCACUAACUGACAAGGAAAAGGCGCGCGGUGUUGAUUCUAUUAAUAAGCUUGAUGCUGGAGCUUUGUUUGUGCUCAAAUCUAGAGGCUGGUUUGGGGGAAUACUAUGUUUACUUGUGGACACAGUAGCCACAAUCUAUUCCUAUAACCUUCUGUCACUGGUUUUGGAGCAUUAUGCAGACAUUGGACAGCGUCAACUUAGAUCUGCACAGUUGUUAUUCCUAUCUAUCUUUAACAACAUGAAGCCAGAAUACAAGAAAAGCUCCUCCAACGCUAACAAACUUGACGUUACCAUGCCAAGCAUCAACAAUUAUUCGUCUGCGUUCGACUUUAGCAAUUUAAUGGAUUCACUUCAAGUCGUUGACAACGUACAGAAGAAAAUACAAGAUAAGUUGGAACGGCGGAGGAAUGAUGAGAGGAAAAUGUUAUCGAAGGCGCUUAAUGCUAUUGAAAAGAAACAGAAAGAUUGGCAACUUUCUUUGGGAUGGAUUAAGAAGAAGGAGGCAGUUGAAAAGAUGAGGCAGAUGUACAGACAUAGACAAAUAAAGAAUCUGGCUCGCAAUCCUAGUGGGCAGGCUAAACGUAAUUCGCGUUUUAGGCUUAGCAUGCUAGAGAAAAUACUAAAGAGGAGGGAAGCGUUGAUGUGCGAAUUCAACAAAUUAAGAGGGGUAUAUGGUAUGUGA